UUUUUUGUAAACAUACAAUAAUGUGAAAUAUUAAUUUCCCACCAUCAAUUUAUUAUUUCUUACAGCUCGAGCGAAUUACGAGCACAUGUUUUAACUGCUUUCCAAGAACUCAUGGAACACGGCAUUGUGACAUGGGACUUGAUCAACAAUGUGUUUGUCAAGAAGGUACAAUCAUAACUGUCCAUUUCUCAAGCAGAAAGUUACAUUUAUUUCUAAACGCAAUUCUGUACGUAACCUGUAGUGCUGUGCGCUGGAGUUCUGCCGGAGCUCCGACGUUUUCUGGUCAGCCGGAGUUGCGUGCUUUCUCCCAGCUCCAACUGGAAAGUCAGAAUGACAAGAUUUGUGGCAAUUUCGUAGAAUUAGCGUUGGCUACUGGAAACGGCCAAAUACACCCUUCCAGAAAGUACGUCAUUUUUGCUAUAGAGCCUCGUUUUCAUUAUUGAUACGCCAUACGGUAGGCUUUAACUAAUAUCACAUACACGAAAGCGAGGCUCUAUAGCCAUCCUUGAUGCGCAUCCUUGAUACAGUCCGAAACGCAACUGAACUUGGAACGCGUCUUGAAGUACACCUUGGGGCGUGCCCCCAAGCAAAUUUUCAACGCCUCGCAAGCGCAAUUUGGAACGCAUCCGAACGAAAAUUUCAACGCGUCUCGAGUUCAUCCUGCAUCGAUAUAUUGCUAUACACAGGCUAGUUUUAAUCUAACAGUAUGAUUCUCUGCUCUAGUUAUGUAGCUUUGUCAGUACGACUGCGUUAACCGACCCCACCGUAUUAAAGAGAUCGUUAUCCAUAUUAGAAUCAGUUGUACAAAACAGGUACGACAUAUUAUUUAGCUUAUAACAUAUCUGUAGGUUUUAUUUUUGUGGCGGUAGGAAUGGAGGUCUAGAAAUGAAAGCUAACGAUGGCAUAUCAAACAUUUGGCCAAGAUUGUAGCUCCACUCCCUGUAACUCCAGAAUUAUUAAAGUUUUGAAGCACAUAUUUUGACACUUUUUGACAGGUUUUCUGACUUCUGCAGCCAUGGCUAAUUGUAACUCUUUGUGACUUUUGUUCUUUUUUAGUCCGAAUUUUUAUACCGUAGUAUCAAGAGAUGUUACCAUUGAUAGUUUAAUACAACAUCUCCAAAAGUAAGUUCUUUUUCGAUAUUUUUGAACGUAUUUUUGCUAUUUGAGUGUCGUUGAGGAUUUUCGUAUCAUUUCAGUGUCAGUGAGGAUGUAAAAAUCAAUACAAUUGCUCUGAUCAACGCAUUAAUAUUGAAGACACCGCCAGAUCGAAGGAAGGUACAGGGAAUGUCAUUUUUGAAGGGUUUUUCCUAUUCAAGUUUGCCUAGUUUGGGAAUUGUGACCUGGAAUUUGAAUAUCUUUUAUUUGUUCUUUGUCUAAGAAUUUAGCCAGUGAAAUAUUGUCAGUUGGAGUACGAAGCGUUUUAUUAACAGUGAGUGUUAUAUAUACUACUACAACGUCUGUGACCAAUGUACUGUAUUGUGGUGACAUGAUAAAAGUUACAGACUACAGUUUCUACUACAGUAAGAUAGGUUAUAGAAACGGUAAACACCUUAGUUCUGGCGAAAGUAAAAAGUAGGCACAUUGUGCGUACGUGUUUUGCGGAAUGCUGUUGCGCAGCCGUAGUUAUAAUCUUUGGUGCAAUGGGCGUUUGUGCAUUCGCUUUGGUAAGCAAAAGUCGAGGUUGGUAAUGAUUUCACUGUUAACAUAGUUUGGAUCACAAUCUGGUAACAACUUCACAAACUAAUAAAAGUUGUUACAACUUGUUGGCAAGCUUGCUACAAGCCUGUUGUGAACACAUCUUGUUGACAAGAUGUGAAAUUUUUACGUGUGUGAAGCCGAAUUGCCUUUUCAUCUUAUUUCUAGAACAUAAUCCGCAAUCCUCGAGGCGUGUCAGAUGAAAUGGCUCACCAGCUAUACACGUAUCAACAGUUGACACUGAACUUUCUACAAGGCAGAAUGAAUUGUCAGAUGAGAGAGGAGGACCAGGUAUGCUCCGCGACCACUGAUUGGUCAAUAGGUAUAAUACGCGAGCGCUGAUUGGUCAAUAGGUAUAAUACGCGACCACUAAUUGGUCAAUAGGUAUAAUACGCGACCACUGAUUGGUCAAUAGGUAUACUACGCGAGCGCUGAUUGGUCAAUAGGUAUAAUACGCGACCACUGAUUGGUCAAUAGGUAUAAUACGCGAGCACUGAUUGGUCAAUAGGUAUAAUACGCGAGCACUGAUUGGUCAAUAGGUAUAAUACGCGAGCACUGAUUGGUCAAUAGGUAUAAUACGCGAGCACUGAUUGGUCAAUAGGUAUAAUACGCGAGCGCUGAUUGGUCAAUAGGUAUGGUAUUCGAGCGCCGAUUGGUCAAUAGGUAAAUGGUCGACCAACAAGUAUUUAUUUAUUUUAGGCUGAAAAGGAUAAAAUUGAAAACCUACGCAAAGCAGUUUUCGAGUCAAAUAUCGUUCACUUCGACGUGCAAAUGAGGACGUCAAAAGAUUAUAGAAAACUGGGGUUUGAAGUAAGUGUGGAACAAAAUAUUUUGAUAAGCUUAUACACGUGACCAGUUGCAUUUAGUUGCGCGUUUAGAUAGUUUUCUGAGAACUAUUAUGCGUCAGAUGGUGGUCAAAGGGCAGAAUGAGAAAAUGAUAUUACAAGGUUUCUACCCUUUAGUGAAGAUGAAAUUUAAGGAUUUUUCUAGGACUUUCAAGGACGUUUUUCAGUAAAUUCAAGGUCAGGUAUUAUCAGCACAGCUGGAAAGAAAUUCCAGGACUUUCAAGGACUUUCCAGGUGUGAAUUGUUUUUCAAAUUCAAGGACUUCCCAGAAUUUUCAAGGACUUGCCAAAAUUCCAAGGACUUCCCAGAUUUUCAAAUACUUCCCGGAAUUUCCAAGGACCGUGGACACCCUGAUGUUAAUUCUUAUAAGUAUGUGCGAUUAUCUGGUAUUUGGUGGAAAAUAAAUUGAAUUGAGAGAUGUGAAGAUUUGCUGAGAUUAACCAUCUGCUGCCAUCCUUCCCUGUAGAGACAGACGCUUUUAAAGUCGGAAUGUGGAAGGCACGCAGCCUCUACUGAACUCGACUUUCUUUACUGGAUAUUUUCCCAAUUCAUUGUUUGUAAUGUCAAAAUACGUACUCCCUGAUUACUAGCGAGUAAAUAUUUUUCAUUGCAGAAACACAUAAAAUUAUCAGAAAAUUUCCGCGAAACGCCACCAGGAAUUUUGCCCCUGGAUUGUAUGACAUAUUUUAGUAAACAGUUUCCAGAUUCGUACAUAAAGGUAAUUAUCUUAAAUUGUUGUCACUCCUUUGCUACAUGGCCGACUGUGAAACGUCUUGAUGAGAACAUUCGUAUUCUUCAACAAUUUAAAGUAAAUGAAUGAUAGUUGGUGAGAAAAUUGAACUUAAAGUUUUUGUAAAUCAGCAUGAUUUUGGAUCAGAUAUAUACAAACUCCUUCACGCUCAUGAUUUCUUUUGUGGGGUUUUUUUUCAUGAAUUAUAUUAUAGUUCUAUAGAAUAUAUGUUAUAGCUACAUGUUAAGGCCCGUUUACACGGGCGAUUUUUGCUGCGAUUUUCUCCUUUUGGAGGAUGUGAAGGAGUGGAUGAGUUAUAAAUGUUCCAGGUUAUGAAAUCUCCUUCUACUCUUUCAUAUCCUCCAAAAGGAGAAAAUCGCAGCAAAAAGAAUGCGUCAUUUGGAUGCGUAGAAAACGUGUUGGUCAAAACGUCUAUGAAUAGUGUUGGUUUUUACUUGGAAUAUAUGGUCAUGGCCAGAUACCUUUAUCUAGGUUGUAUUAGAAAACAUGGGCCGUGGUGAUGGACACGAAUGCCCGUUUGGUAAAUCAAGUAUCGCUUUAGUAAAGUUGUUGUGUCGAUUACUCAAUAUUGGAGAACAGCGUAAGUUAUUGUCUCGAGUUACAGUGGACUUGGCCGCAAAGAAAAACAAUUCUGUUUAUCAACUCGAAGCAAAAAGAUGCGUAUCCACCAAAGCGAGCCUAUAUCUGCGCAGUUCUUCUACACUCGGAUUACAAAAUUAGACAAGCUAGGAUCAGUGAUAGUUUCGUCUCUUAUAACGAACAAUUGUGCGUCAUACAGCCACAACCAGUUAGCGUCGGCUAUUAAUUUAUGGAAUUUGUAAUGUAUUUGCGCUGGCUGCAAAUCCUCCAAGUAAAUAAUGUUUGGUCAAUAUUUUUAUUUAUUUAUUUAGCUUUGCCAACUAGGGCAGGGUCACCACAACUGCAUAUGCCAAUUACUGUGGGCCCUUUUACCUAACCCACCCUGUCAACUUUCCCUGUGGGAGGAAACCGGAGUACCCGGGGAAAACCCACGACUUUCGGUAGAGCGUUGACUUUAACGAUAACUUAAAGUGACUCUGUUAACUUUCAUACGUAGUAUAACUUUUUUGUAGAUGGAUUAUUCGAACGUAAAUUUAUAGCCUUAUAUAUUUUUAGAAUACCAUCGGAAUCGCAGAGUCGCACGUUCGCCUUCCUGCGAGAGGGCCUAGGUCUAAAAGUAUAAAUAACUAUUUGCGUUCGGAAAUUCCAUGCAUCUACGGAAAAAGAGCCAUCCAUUGUUGGUCCAAGCAAACGAGAUGUCCACCAAUCUUGAUAUUCGCCCAUAAUACAUGUAGGCUACGUUGACACUUGUACCGGAUAGCUUUUCCUAACGACGUGAAAAAACGCCUAUCCGUACCUUUUAGCAACGCUAUUUUCAGAGGAAUUAUUGCAACAGAAAGAGGUUGUUUCGUUCAGCUUCCGAACAGGGUGUCCACCCUUUGGUGAAGGUGAAAUUCAAGGACUUUUCCAGGACUUUCAAGGCCCUUUUUCAGGAAAUUCAAGGACCUGGAUCUGGGAAAAGUCUUUGAAAAUGGCCCAGCAAAUAAUUCACUUUAUUCAGCAAUUUUAAUCAAAAUCACUAAUGUUGGCACAGCUGGAGGUUAAGGAAAUUAAUUCAAGGACUUCUACUGAUUUUCAAGGACUUUCCAGUCCUGGAAUUUUGUUUUUCCAAUUCAAGGACUUUCCAGGAUUUUCAAGGCCCGUGGACACCCUGUCUGAAAGUUGUACAUUCCGUAUCAGAUAGAUGCUUUUUUGAACGGAAAGCUAUCGAUCUGGUAUAUAGUGGUGAACGUAGCCAUUGUAUCUUAAACAAAGAUCUAUUAAAACUACUCUCUAAUCUCAGGCUUUUCACUUUUCUAGCGGAUGACACAUCAUCCGACUACUACCCCAUCUUCUUCACGACGGAGUCGCCGUUUCAAGAACUAUUUUGUAUAUGCAUCACUCUGUUAGGAAAAACAUGGCGAGAAAUGAAAGCAAAAGCCGAAGACUUUGGCAGAGUAAGUUUUUAUGAAGAUUCAUUGUAUCUGAUAUUCUUACUGUAUUCUUUUUGAAGUAUUUGAAGUACAUCAUUAAACGUUUGAGUGCAUUUUUGCCAUUCUGGCAUACGUGUAUGUUUCCUGAUAAUACUAAAAAACUUUGACGGCUUACAAUGUGCGAGUUUACAUGUAGUAUAUUUUGUCUAUUUGUUCUAGGUGAUGAGUGUUGUAGAAAAACAGAUAAAAGAAACUUUAAAGGAGAAACAACCGACCUUAGAUGUUUUUAAAGUAAUGUAUUAUAUAAUAUAAUAGGGAUCGUUUCGUCAACGCGACGACGGCUAUUCACUCAAUGAUAUUCCUUAUCUUGUAGAGAAGAACUGAAUAAUUAAAACCCCACGGCAGUUAGAGACAUUGCGUUAGCGCUUUUUACAUUAGCUAACUAUCAAGAAAAUGUUGUCACACUUGUUCUAUCGAGUUCAGUUAGAACGUUUUAAACGCUACAUAAUAAGAAUGGAGGCGGCCAUUUUGUUGUGAGCUCAUUAGUUAUUCUGCUCAUGUGAAUAUAGAGGCCAAUUAUAAACCAAUAUCUAUCAACUGUUAAGGCCCAUUUCCACUCAGGAAAAUUUUCCGCAG